GGGGCCGGACCCGGACAUCCGAGAGCGGCUCAGCUCCACUUUCGCUUCCCCGCAGGGCCCGGGGGCCGGCGGGCAACGGGCUGUGACCCCAUCGCCCCCCACGCCCGCGGGCCGAGGGGGCUCCCGGAACAGACCAUCGAUGCCGCCGCGCCUGCUCAGGGCGGUGGGCUGGAGCUCGGCGGCCCUGCUGGGAGUGCUGGGGGUGGCCGUCUUCCUCCUGGUCCUGACCCCGGCAAAGGAUGCUGCCCUUCCUAUGAGGAACAAAUACGGGCUGGUGUUUGACGCCGGCUCCACACACACGUCCCUCUACACCUACCGGUGGCCUGCGGACAAGGAGAACGGCACCGGCAUCGUGUCCCAGGUGGAUGUUUGCACCGUGGCAGGACCCGGCAUCUCCAGCUACGCAGACGACCCCGCGGGGGCUGGCGCCAGCCUGAGGCCCUGCCUGGAGCAGGCCUUGAAGAUCGUGCCGGCGGAGCAGCAGCGGGAGACCCCCACCUACCUGGGGGCCACGGCCGGCAUGCGGCUGCUGAGGGAGCAGAACGACACCAAGGCCGAGCAGGUCUUUGCUGAGGUGGCCAAGGUGAUUGGGGAGUACCCUGUGGACUUCCGUGGAGCUCGGAUCCUGACGGGCACAGAGGAGGGCUCCUUCGGCUGGAUCACCGUCAACUACCUGCUGGAGACACUGGUCAAGUUUUCCUUUGCAGAGAAAUGGGAACAUCCCGAGGACAGUGAGGUUCUGGGAGCUCUGGACCUUGGAGGUGCCUCGACACAAAUAACCUUCCAGCCCGGAGUGCCCGUGGAGGACAGGAACACCUCGGUCUUCUUCCGCCUGUACGGCACCAACUACUCUCUCUACAGCCACAGCUACCUGUGCUACGGGCAGACACAGGCCCUGAAGAUGCUGCUGGCAGCUCUGCACCAGGACAGCGUGACUGCCCAGAUCUCACACCCCUGCUACCCCAGGGGGUACCAGGAGAAUGUCACGGUGGCAGAGCUCUACGACAGCCCGUGUGUGCGUGCCCCCAGCACAGCCAGCCCUGCCCAGGUGCUGACGGUGACGGGCACAGGGGACCCAGCCAUGUGCAGCACGGCCGUGCAGAAACUCUUCAACUUCAGCUGCGGGGCCCAGAGGCCGUGCGGGUUCAACGGGGUGUACCAGCCCCCCGUGCGGGGACAGUUCUUCGCCUUUUCGGGGUUUUAUCGUGCCUUUCUCUUGCUGAACCUGACGGGAGGGCAGUCCCUGGCCUCGGUCAAUGCCACCAUCAGGCAGUUCUGCACCAGGACCUGGGACAAGGUGCAGCAGUUGUUCCCCACAACAGGCAGGACCCACCUCCGUGACGCCUGCGCAGUCAACUCCUACAUCCUCACCCUUCUCCUGCAGGGCUACAAAUUCAACCGGAAAACAUGGCUUAACAUCCACUUCAUCCGGCAGGUUGCUGACGUAGACGUGGGCUGGACUCUGGGCUACAUGCUCAAUCUCACCAACAUGAUUCCCUCAGAGCCUCCUCCAGGAGUCAUAGUGCUCCAGAGAAAGAGCUGGAUAGCAGUCACAGUUUUACUGGCCAUCAUGCUCAUCCUCACCUUCUGCCUGCUCACAGUCAUGUGCCUCCACAGGAAUUCCUCUGGCUAUGAGCGUCUCUAGCAGUGCUGGCUCCGGAGGCUGCUGAGGCCACCAAGUUCUACUGCCACACCUGUGCAAGGAGCUGCUGCCCAGGGAAUCACCCCUGUGUGCCCUGGGGCCAUGGAUAUGUUGAGGGGGGCCCUGAGCCCUGGCCUGGAACUGGCACAUGCUGUAAGACAUCCUCCCCGUAACUGUGUGCUCUCUGGUUUUCCUUUCCCCACCCUGCUGGUUGGAGAUGCUGCAGGAGGGAGGGUAUGGCUAUGCGGGGCAGGGUCUCAGCACUGGGGCAUGGGGACCACAGUGAUGUGGGGUGGCUCGAGAUUGGGGGUCAGGGAGGAGAGAAGGAGAGUCUGGCAGCAGUGGGGGUUACUCAUCACAGUCUCCUGCUGGUUACAGCCCGCAGGAGACCCCCAGUGUGGGGCAGACGUGUCCUGCCCCAUCCCAGGGCGAGGGUCUGCCUGUGGGUGCCAGCCCGAGGGGCCGUGGCUCUGGGGCAGUGGGGGGGACACCGGCCUGGACUCUGCCCAGGACUGGGAAGCCCCGUGAGGUGGGGGAUGGCACAGCCCUCUGCUCUCCUGUGCCAGGUUCCUCCCUGGUCCAGCUGCACCCUGUGCCCUGUGCCUGGCACACAGCCACGCUCAUCCUCCCUUUCCAGCACAGGGUGAUUUGGGAAGGCUGCUGGGACAUGUCAGGGACAGCUACCAGGGCCCCCCUUACAUUUCUGGGGAGUCCCACUGACAGCCAGUGAUGGGUGAGGUGAGACACCCUCCUCUCAGAAGGAAAAGGCCUGUCCUUGUGCCCUGCUGGUCCUCUCCGAGGUCCGGCAGACACCUCAGUGUCUCCAGGGAUGUCUCCCACAGACUAGAGCAGUGUUCCCUCUCCCCUGAGUUCCCGGCAUCAUCACCUACCUGGAAGAUGGAAGCAAUAAAAUCAUAACAGUUUGGGAGCAAAGGAACAGACAUUUCCCCAUGUGCUGCCUUUUAUGAUCUUUAUGUGGGCCACAAGAGCUGUGAGGUGUCCGACACUCCACAGGGACACCAAAGGUCAGCGCCUCGCUGAGGGAACACAAACAUCAACAUGAGUCAUCCACAGGGCAGAUAAAAACAAGCAGAACCAAAGGCAAAGGCAGGGGCACAGAGUGCUGGUUUAAAGGUAAACUGGCAGGGGAAAUGAACCCAACUCAAAAGAGAUUAUAAGUCAGAAUAACAAUUUAAUAAA